AAUAUAAAAAAUCAUAAAGAAAGAAAUAUGUGAACUUCAACAGAAUGUGUUUCUACUUUGAGGGAAAUAAUAAAACAAUAAAUACAUUUAUCGGCGAUUCGGUGGAAAACCAGUGCAACAGCAAGAAAACAAUAACAAACUGCUGGUUGGUCAAAAUAUUGGCCGAACGGAACGAACGUCUUGGAAAAUCUUUUACAUUGGAUAAUGGAAAAUAUUCUUCUAAAAGAAGCAAUAAUCAUGGCUAACAGCAAUAAUAUGUGCCGCUUGUGCUUAUCGGCAAAUGGGAUUACCGAGCCAAUCUGCUAUGACCAACGUGAUCAGUUUCUGCUGCAGAAAAUUUUCGAAUGUACUACGUUGCAGAUAACUCCAUUGACCGGUAUUCCGUCCUCGUUGUGCACCAUUUGUAAAGCGCGUCUAGAUGAGUUCUAUCAGUUCCGUUGGCAGUGUAUUAAAAACGAUGAGAUUAUCCGUCGUAUUGCUGAUAAUUUCCCGAAACCACAGCCCACUGAAGCAGCUAGUCAAAAUCCCAAACAGGAGUUAAUUGAACCGCAGCCAAGUGGCGAUACUGCAGCUGCACCGGUAGACGAUUCGUCCGAAUAUAACGUUACUGAGAAAGGGCACUCGAAUGAACGGGAAGCACAUGGACGAUUUGAGCAUAAUCAUCAUACACAACAUCAAGAAACCGUUCCCGCAGGAAGAUUGGAACAGCUCAGUUAUAACAUUGGAGAUCAUAACCAUCCCAAUCAGUACGGUGUGGGUCCACCACCAGCUUCCACUGUACCAACAACCGAUGGUUUUCCCCCGGACACAAAGUAUUCGGUGCAGCAUUCCGUUGUGCAGCAAUUCGAGUUUGCGGAUUUUCGGAGGAAGCGUGGUCGCCCUCCCAAGCAAAAAUACGACCAGUAUCACCAUCCUGUCGUGAAAUACGGCGAGAAUUCUAUUGACGGUAUCAAAACACAAAGAUCGAUAGACUGCUCUGACUCUGGCCCAAUGAUUGAAGAACCCGAAACCAUAUUGACUUACGGUGAAAAUUCUUCCAGAGGGAGCGAUUACCAACAUGAGCAGAUUUAUAAUGGUUGGAGCAACCAGCCAAAAAUCAAACUAGAACAGGUGGAUCAUCAUUCGGUACGUUAUGAUGAGCCACCCCCCGAUGCUCACGAACAAAAGCAUGAAGAUUAUAUGAAGCAUUCAACAAUUAAUCCGGCACAACCUAUGCUUAUACCGGACGGUUUUGUGAAACGAAGCAGAGGCCGACCACCGCGAGAAGGGGGAUGCCCUAACCAAGACCGAACCGAAUACCGUUUCCAAUGUCAAUAUUGUGAUGCUAGAUUCAAGGCCGCCAUCAAUUUGAAGUUACACACAAACACACACACUGGUGAAAGGCCUUACAAAUGUCAACUGUGUGACAAGUGUUUUGCUCAUCCGAGUAACCUGAGCGUACACAGCAAACUCCACUCGCAGGAACGAGUAAAACGAGAGGGCACUCAUUCCGAGAAGAAAUUUCAAUGUCCCUACUGUCAUACACUGUUUGCACUUGCAUUUCAACUGAAAAUCCACAUUAACACUCACACCGGACUAAAACCGUACGUCUGUAAAAAUUGUGGCAAAGGCUUUGCCCAACCGAGUAACUUACAUGUACACGUGAAAAAACACUGUCACAAACGAAUGGACUACGAUGCCGUUUCGCUUUCAACCUCUCAUCAAAUUUCCUCGCAUCCAAACCAUCAAACAUCGCCACAAACAAGUUAUCAGCCAUUGCCGUCGCACCAUCAUCCUCUACCGCCGCCGCCACCACCACCGUCACAACAAGAGCAUUCGUCGAGCCACAUAUCGCAAACAGCUCCCAAUCCGAAUGCAGGUGAACCGAAUCAUACUCAUCCAUCACACCAUCAACAACAACAACAAUCGAUAGGAGCAACACCUACCGUGGUAGAACAUCCCCAAAAGGUACAUCAACACGAUGUACCCCCGGUCAGUACAGCCAGACCACUUCCAUUGAGCAUACCCUCGGUAAUGUUAGUUUAAACAUCUACAAUACAAUGGAUUACCUGUAAACUAGAGCAAAACCUUAAUCAAAAGUACGAUCAGAUUGUGUAAUAUCGAAACAUUCAGUCUAAGUCCAAUAUAUUUUAGUUAUAUACAAGAGAAUAAUGUUUUUUAUACGUACUAUUUUUGCAGCUAACAGCUAGAUGUAUAACAUUUUAAUUCUUGUUCAUAUAUGUAUAUGUACAAUUUGUUACUGAAUAAACAGAGAAAUAU